CACACAGUAUGUAUGAACAGUGUGCUGUACAGAAGCCUGCCGGUCCAUGACUGCCUUUCGCCACACACUUUUGCUCUUUGCAGUGGCUUCGGCUUCUGUAGCCUCUGCAGUCGCAGUCUCGCCCCAGCGCUCCAAAAGAAGUUUGAUGGAGCUACGGGAUAUGAUCCGAUGCAGUACAGACAGAUCGCCUCUGGAUUACCUUUCAUACGGGUGCUACUGUGGAGUCGGGGGCCAAGGCCGGCCCCUGGACAGUACAGACUGGUGCUGCCAUAAACAUGACUGCUGUUACGGCGACGCCCAGCGCCAGGGCUGCAAACCAAUAUCAUACAGAUACAAAUGGACAUGUAAUGACAGGACACCUGUUUGUGAUGAUACGACGGACAGAUGCAGGACGUUUGUCUGUAAGUGUGACCGAGACUUAGCCAUGUGCCUGAGAAAUUCGUCCUACACAUCGAGCUACCACAACUUGAUUAAUCGGCACCUUCUGUGCGUUCACGCUGACCACCCCCAGUGUACCAAUAACUGACUUUAUACUGAUGGGAGUUUACAAUCAAUAAACACUAAAUAACAUGUCUUGACUGUGGUACUGUGUUUUUUUUGUUUUUUUUUUAAUUUUCACACAAAAACACAGACACGACCCUCCCGACAACCGAGCAAACACCAACACCAAACAUAAAGGAAAAAUACUAGUGAGCACCAAACGAACCUGUAUUUCCCUUUAUCAUGAUGAGUCGGAGUUCCAUAUUCAUACCUGUCAAACCUAAGCCGUUGGCAAUCUUACAAAUAGUGACGUAUGCCCUUACAAAUCGAUGACUAAUCUUACGUUUUAUAUAGUGUGCAAUAUGAAACAAAAAUAAAACUCAAUUUUUAAAAUAAUAUGAAUUUAUUGGUAAUAUUGUCACAUAUAACCUGGUGCAAGUAAAGAACAACGAAAAGUCCCAAGUAUAGUACCUGGCAGGAUUUGGGACUCGUGUAAUCCAACAUAUCACAGAGAGCUGAGUGAACCUUCUCCCAGAAUGAUUGAAUAUUGAUGCAUGUCCAAAAUACUAGUAUACGUGUAUUGUCUGGAUUCAUGUCUUUGCAUAAUCCCUAGCAAGAUUGUUGACUUUUCAUUUGUUUAUUUUUAAUUUUAGGUGUGAUGAUGUUACAGUGUGUGGUGGUACUGUACUUUUAAAUGCUCAAUUGCUGUAGGAGACAUUGAAUGCCUUGUAUUAGAAAAAAAGCUUUUUUGGCCAAGUGUGUGAAAUAUUAGGUAGUUCCUUGCACUUUUAGUGGUUCGGAAUAGGGCAGAAAUGUCCAAAGUCCGGCCCGGGGGCCAAAUGCGGCCCUUGGUCAAAUUUCAUCCGGCCCCCAGCCUCCAUCAUAAAAUCAAUAACAUCUGGCCCGCACAUAGACUUAAUAAAUUGGUCAGCAGUACUUCUACCAGCAUAUGAAGUAGCACACUAAAUGCUGCUCCGUAUUUACCCACUAAAAGGCAGCAGCAUUUAAGCAACAUUACCCCGUGUGACCCUUUACUCCCAAUUUUCUAAAAUGGCGACAAUCGACAAAAAAAAGAAAGCUGACUGCGACGGCCGACGAUUCAAGGAUUGAUGGAAAUUGGACUAUUUCUUCACUAAAAUACGCAACAACUGUGUCUGCCUCAUUUGCAAAGAGACAGUCGCUGUUAUUAAAGAGUUCAAUGUGAGGCGAUAUUACCAAACAGGACACGCUGACAUGUAUGACAAGAUUACAGGGAAGAUGCAUAGCGAGAAAUUGACGCAACUUAAAGCUAGUUUAAUUUUACUGCAGCAGUAUUUCGCAAGAGCCCGAGAGUCGAAAGAGAACGCCACAAAGGCUAGUUGUGAGAUUGUUAACCCUUAAAAAAUAAAUACAUAAAAUAAAGCAAAUGUGACACAUGGAAUGGCUUGCUAAAAUUUGCUUAAUUAUAUU